GCGCAUGCGUAGGCGGCCAGACUGGGGCGGGUUUAACGCAAGGUGAACGCGGAAGUAGGGUCCUUGUUUUUCUGGCUACUCGGUCUGUGUGGGGUUCCUGGUGCGAGAUGGAGGCGGGCGCAGCUGCGGAAGAUGGUCCGGACGGUCCUCGGGAGCGGCGAGGCUUGGAUGAAGCUGGGAGGCAGCAGCAGAACCACGAAGUGCGAUCUCAAUCCCGGGCCGACCGGUUUCCAAAGCAUUCCUACUGGUUGGAUCUCUGGCUCUUCAUCCUCUUCGAUGUAGUGCUGUUUAUCUUCGUCUAUCUUUUACCAUGAAUGGUUUGCCUGAUGUCUAGAUUAAGAAGUUGACUCCUGGAGUGGAUUCUGAAAAUGACUGCAAACUUCUUGAACAAAGAAGACAGGGUUGUGCAACAGAAUUUCAAACUCGGAGGAACUUUUUUUUUUAUUUUACAUACUCUUGUUACUCCUUUUGGGGACUAUAGUAAGUGGGUAAUGAUCUCACCCAUUCAUAGCUAAGUUCUUAAAAUUACUCUGAUUCAUGUUUAAAAGCUUUUCAAACAUCUGAUGGCUUUAUAGGGGCUGAAUAUUAAAGUAUUUAUACAUAAAGGUUUAGGGUAUUCAUUAAGAAAUAUGGUAAUGUCUUGCCUUUAACAGUUUAAGUGUUAACCCGGGUUUAGUAUGAUGCAAAAAUGUGGUAAAAUAUUAAGAUGAAGUAUUUAAAAAUAAACUACUUAAAAACAAGGGUGAAAAAAAGGAGUUAGAGCUGUACAGAAAAUGCAGGCCCACAGUGUACUGGCUGUAAGUAACAGUUUAAUUUUUAAAUUAAGUGGGCCUCAGUUAACAGUUACCAGAUUGAUAAAGUCCCAGAGAAAGCAUACUAUCCAACUGUGCAUGUCCUCUUACCUGGAUGUCCCCUUCCUUCCUUUUAAGUUCUUGAACUUCCCUAAAAUAGGACUGUGUUUGAAACCCAUUUUUUAUUCUUGUGGUUUUAUAAAGAAUGCUUGCCAAAAUAUGAGGCUUUUUGUUUGUUUUUUAAAUAAUGUCUGUACCUUAAAUACUUCAGCAAAGUCAUUUCAACAAAUAUUUGAGCACUUACUCUGGGCCAGAUGUAGUAGUGAGGAAAAAAGACAAAAAUUUUCAUGGAGCUUGCAUUCUUUUAUUUAUCUAACAGUGUUAGUAAUAAUUUACAUUCUAGGAGUGAUCAGCUAGUGUUUAACAGAAAGGUCACACUUCCAAAGCAGCUACUAAAAGCCCUUCGGAAGCUAUUCCUAUUACAUAACAGAUACUUCUUUAUGUAAUGGAUGUUAGAAAGGGGCUCUUGUUGAAAUUGGUGACAUUUGAUACAUGUGAAUUGCCUAAAUAUUUUGAGGAUAUUCACCUCCCUUAGAAAUAGGGCAUAGAUCUGGUGAACUCUAUACCUUCUCUCUUUUAGAAUGACUUUAGAAUGAAAUCCAGGACUGAUUUUGGAAGAUUUUAGUUGCCAAUUGCCAAGUACAAGGUAACAAUUAUGCAUCCAGGGUAUUGCAUCUACUUGAGAGAGAACCUUUUAUGCAGAGGUUGAUGCAUCAAAAGAAACACAAAAUUGGAAUUUUAUUGAGUAUACCAAACAGUAUGAACUGUUUUUCUGCUGUUUGCUAAUAAUUUUGUCCAAUAAAUGUUUAUUAUGUAGCUAAA